AUGUCGUCUUCGUACCAAAAUGGGUCUGGACCAGGCUCCAUGCGCAAAAAAUUGGUGAUUGUGGGUGAUGGAGCGUGUGGAAAAACGUGUUUACUGAUUGUGUUUUCGAAGGGUCAAUUCCCCGAAGUUUACGUUCCUACGGUUUUUGAGAACUACGUGGCCGACGUAGAAGUGGAUGGUCGCCGUGUGGAGCUGGCGUUGUGGGAUACUGCUGGCCAGGAAGACUACGACCGGCUCAGACCGUUGUCGUACCCCGAUUCCAGCGUCGUGUUGAUCUGUUUUUCAAUUGACCUGCCCGAUUCGCUUGACAACGUGCAGGAAAAAUGGAUAGCAGAGGUAUCACAUUUCUGUCAAGGCGUGCCUGUGGUGUUGGUUGGGUGUAAAGUAGAUCUGAGAGACGAUGUGGCCACACUGGAGGCGUUGACGGCCACUGGCCAGCAUCCAGUGACCGGGGCCGAAGCUCAAGCGGUGGCAGAUCAGAUCGGUGCAUGCGCAUACUACGAAUGUUCUGCCAAGACCGGCUACGGCGUCCCAGAGGUUUUUGAAGCCGCAACGCGGGCUGCAAUUUCGGGCAAAAAAACGAGCACUGUGGGGAAGGCCAAGAACGGUGCUACGAAGCGCAAGAAAAAAUGUGUGAUUCUGUAA